AUGACUGAAAAGUAAACAAAACACAGGAACGAACGAAAAUUUGCAGGAGCCAUAGUAGAGAGCCAAAGGCUGAAGCGGCCGUUGCACGCUACAACGACUUGUGCCUACGCUUCCUCUGCUCUCUCUCUCUCUCUCACCUGAAGAGUUCCUAAACACAGAUAAAGAGAAAAUUCCUUCGUAAUCUGAAAGCAACUCUCUCUCUCUCUCUCAGCUUGUAUUAAUUCCUUUACGGAGCGAGAGGAGGAGAAUUUUCGGCUACUCUGGUGGUUUUGAUAUCGUGCUUGUUUCCGUUCUUCAAAACUUAUUUUCUGUAAUUCUGCGAUCCUUGUUUGGGUUUAUUCAUUCCUCUUGAGAAUCUUGAGGAUUUUCGAGAUCUAGAGCUAAGCACGCAGAUCUUAUUAUAACUCUUAUCCAUUUUUGUGUUUGGUGCAUAUAUUGAUCUGAAAACUGGAUACUGAGCGUAUCAUAGAUACAAUGCCAGAAGAACUCGCUUCAAUUCGAGAAGACUGGAUGGACAGGAGUGGUUGUGAGGCCGAGACGGCGUCUGAGGAUGAGAGGCGAAGGGUUCGGGGCAGAUCUCUGAAGAAAAGGGCAAUGAGUGCUUCCACGAGGCUCUCGCACACUCUCAGGAAGCGCGGCAACCGGGUCGCCGAUUGCCGAUACGCAUCGAUCUCGAUCUACGAUGUCCGGGACGCCAGGGAAGAAGCAGCUGUCAACACGUUCCGCGAUGCAUUGCUUGCGAAAGAUCUGCUCCCGCCUCGCCACGAUGAUUACCAUACUUUGCUAAGGUUUCUAAAGGCAAGGAAAUUCGACAUGGAUAAAACUUUCCACAUGUGGGCCGAAAUGCUUAACUGGAGGAAAGAUAAUAAAGUAGAUUCUUUGUUACUGGAUUUUGUAUAUCAUGAGUAUGAAGAAGUUCAACGUUGGUAUCCACAUGGUUACCAUGGGGUGGACAGAGGGGGACGGCCUGUUUAUAUUGAAAGACUUGGCAAACUUGAACCUAGCAAGCUGAUGAAUGUCACCACGGUGGACCGGUUUUUAAAAUAUCAUAUUCAGGGGUUCGAGAAGGUCUUCAGUCAGAAGUUCCCGGCAUGUUCCAUUGCUGCCAAGAGACACAUAGAUUCCACAACAACAAUACUGGAUGUGCAUGGGCUGAACUGGGUAAACUUCGGCAAAGUUGCCCACGAUCUUGUUAUGCGCAUGCAGAAAAUUGAUGGAGAUAACUAUCCUGAGACAUUACAUCAGAUGUUCAUUGUUAACGCUGGUAGUGGGUUCAAAUUACUAUGGAAUACAGCAAAAGGUUUUCUAGACCCAAGGACUACCUCAAAGAUACAUGUUUUAGGCAACAAAUUCCAAAAUAAGUUGUUGGAGGUAAUAGACUCAAGCCAACUACCAGAUUUUUUGGGUGGAAGUUGCUCGUGUCCGAACGAAGGCGGGUGUCUUAGAUCAGACAAGGGGCCUUGGAAUGAUCCAAAAAUAAUGAAACUGGUUCAAGCUGGAGAAGCAAUGUUUCUGACAAGGACUAAGAGUUUCUCUGACUUUGAUGAUUCAGAAGUCAAGUUAUCAGCCUCUAAGGUUGCCUGUAGUGAAAUAUCUUUUGCUGGGUCAGAAUCUGAUGUGCCUUCAAGUGCUUCUGGCUUCAGGCAAUCCAUGCCACUUUGCCACAAAAUGAAUGUACUGGGAGAAAAUAUGAGUGACCCUGCAUCUAGCAACAGCCUGGUUGAACCAGUUGGUAGUACGAUAAGGCUAAAAAAUACUAGUUCAACAAGUGAUGCAACCAACAGCAGUACCCAAAGAAGACUGUUAAAGAAGUCCAUUUCCUAUUUAACAAAUUUGCUCCACAUCAUACUCAAAAUAUUAGCAUGUGUAUAUCUACUACUACCUGGGUUGUGGAGAUUUUUUGCAGUUCAGCAUGAAGAAAAACAGUUAGAAAAACAUAAAAAACCCAAGCUUGCUGAUUCAAGACCUCCGGAGCAGCUCGUUUCACAGUCAAUCAAAGAGGACCCACUCUGGAAAAGGCUGCAGCAUCUAGAAACAUUGGUAAAUGAGCUUGUUGACAAACCUACAAAAAUUCCUCCGGAGAAGGAGGAUAUGCUUCAGGAAUCUCUAAGUCGAAUUAAAUCCAUUGAAUAUGAUUUACAGAAGACAAAGAAAGCACUGCUUGCAACUGCAUCAAAGCAAGUGGAGCUUGCCGACUCAUUGGAAAGUUUAAAGGACGACAGCUUAACUGGGAAAAGGUCUUGUUGGCCGAGAAAUUGUAAAUCUUACACCGCAGGAAGAUGAAUAAGUUAUUUUGAGACACAGCUUUGCCGAAGUUGCUAGUCCACAGUGCCUGUCUUGACUCUCAAGAUUGCAAUAAUUUGGUCUGGAGUUCAAUCAGCAGACUCGGAGGGUUGUCAUUUUAGGUGACUAUCUCUAUUACAUUUUUUAAUGCGAGUCAUUCUGUUUCUCAUUUUUAACUUUUCUCAGGUUGUUUGAGUUGAAAGUGGUUAUGUACGAGGCAGAGAAAGCCACAGGGAAAUAAAAUUGAGUUCUCUUAGAUAGAUAGGCAUGUACAUAAUACUUCAUACAAAUUCAAUUUACUCUGCUUUUGGACUGCUACACUCAUAUACUUUGACUCACUUGUAUCCAAUACCACCGAAAUGCAAGUUUACAAAAGCAGAGCCCGUGUUCUCCAAUAUUUUUCCCUUAAGCCCUUUUGUCAUUUGACCUCAAUAAAUCUAUUAUUUUGUGAUCU